UCUCAAUGGUUUUUGGAAGGAAAAAUUCGAGAAAUUUUCUAUUUUCUAACCGAUCUAGCCGGUUUCUGAGGAUAUUUUUGAUCGUUAUCGCCUUUUUGAUUCGUUUUUCUCGCCUGAAAAGUAUUGACCAAAAGAUUUCUCAAAGCUCGGCGUGUAAUGUCUACUUUUUAGAUGAUCAGAGGUGGAGUACACGAAGAAUUUCAUUCGACAUUGUAUUAGUAUUAAAAAAGUGGUGAUUUGGUAAUUGAUUUUGGAGGCCAAUGCGGGUUUCAGUUGAGGGGAAUAAGUGAGAUCAUCAAAUAGAGAAGCAUUUGCUUGAAGAGAGCGGGAAAAAAAUUCGAAAAGAUGGCUUGCAGAGGGUGUUUGGAGUGCCUAUUAAAGCUUCUGAACUUCUUGUUGACGCUAGUUGGGUUGGCCAUGGUGGGCUAUGGCAUCUACUUGUUGGUCGAAUGGAAGAAAACUUCUGCAGACACGGAUUCUCUCUCGCCUCUCAGCGACAAUCAUGAAUUUGUACAGCUUGGUCGGCCUAUGUUACUGGUUGUGUCUCUGUCGAGCAACAUUUUUGACAAACUACCAAAAGCCUGGUUUAUAUACUUGUUCAUUGCUGUUGGAGUUAUUCUUUUCAUCAUAUCUUGUUGUGGCUGCAUUGGAGCAGUUACAAGGAAUGGUUGCUGCUUGACUUGUUAUUCCAUAUUGGUUAUUUUAUUGAUCUUAGUGGAGCUUGGAUGUGCAGCUUUUAUAUUCUUUGACCAUAGCUGGAAAGAUACACUUCCAACUGACAAAACUGGAGACUUUGAUAUGAUCUAUGAAUUCCUGGAGAAGAAUUGGAAAAUUGCAAAAUGGGUUGCCUUAGGAGCUGUAGUAUUGGAGGCGUUGUUGUUUUUGUUGGCUCUUGUGGUAAGGGCAGCAAAUCGACCAGCAGACUAUGACAGUGAUGACGAGUACAUUGCUCCAAGGUCCACAGUCCGGCAACCAUUGAUAAACAGGCAAGGGGUUCCUGCUACAGGAGUGCCAGUGGCUUGUGCCCUUGAUCAGCGCCCAAGCAGGAAUGAUGCCUGGAGCACACGGAUGAGGGAAAAGUAUGGCCUUGAUACAUCAGAGUUCACGUACAACCCUUCCGAGUCAAACAGAUUUCAGCAAGGGCCAGUACAGCCAGCAGAGGAAAGGAGUCGUUGCACCAUUAUGUGAUUCAUUACGCGUCGUCCUAGUUUGUCUUGAAUUCAAGGAAAGUGAUUCUGUGAAACGGGUUUUGAUGGACAUUGGUGUGCAAUUUUCAGACUUGUUGAAGUUAUCUUUCUUUUCCCAUCCUUUCCCUGGCUUGUGUAGAAUACAAAAUUUUCAGGACCUCUUUUUUCUCAUUGGUAUCUUCUGCAGAACAUUUCUUCUCAUAACUUCUUCACGUCUGAUAUGGCAAAUUGGUGAUGCUGCAAAUUCCCGUUUUAGUCAAAAAUCAAAAUGUGUUGACAAGUUAUCCUAGUACACCAGGAGAAUCGGAUGAUGGCACUUAAGACUUGGCAACAUAAUCAUACAAGUAAUGGUUGACUAUCAGUUAUAUUGAGUUGUAUUUAGUCUAAUAUGGUUUGGUCAGGGGUUUAGCCUCUAUCAGCAAGGUUUGUAUUUAAAUUUGUUAGCAUUAUUUGAAUGUGUUUAACUAGGUCAUGUUGUAUGUGGACCUUUGUCUUGCAAGAGAUGGCCUAUUGAUUGGAAAAUAUGGCUGUAUUAGAGUCGAUGGAACACAUGUAAUGAGUGGAUGAAUAGUCCUUGGUUGCUAUUAGAUUUCUGCCAAGUAGUCCUUGAUUGCAUGGAGUACUCUGUUUCUCCCAAA